GUUUGACGACGUCGUUUCAGACCAUACAUUGGCAUAUAACCAUAUGUACCUUCUGUUAUCCGCUUGAUCAACUCAUCAACUACAAGCUGAGAGAGUCACAAUGCCCCGAGAAAGGAAAAGGCGAGGCCGCCGGGAAGAGGCCAGAAGCAACAAGCGAAAAGGAGAUGAAGAUUUUGAACCCGCCGCCAAAAGGUUGAAAUCCGACGAUCAUGAUCAUGACGCUGAGAUUGAAGAACAACCGGAUGAUAUCGCCAUCAACGGAGAUGCAGGGGACGACUAUAUCGGCUUCAAUAUGGAUCCUCCUUCAGGAAUCCAAGAGCCCCAAGACGAGGACGUCUUCCAUGGGCUACUUGACCCCCAGGAACAGGAGUACUACGCCAAUGUAAACAACAAGAUCGUGGCAAACGAUUUUGAAUCCUCAGAAGACCGCGCCAUAUUUAUUGAGGCUGUCCACCGAGAAACCGAGGGCAAAGAGCUCAAAGUCGCGUCGAGUCAAUCGUGCUCGAGGUAUUUGGAGAAGAUUAUCAUGUUAUCAACUCCCGACCAGCUGCGGAAGUUGUUCAGCAAAUUCUGCGGACAUUUCACAUAUCUCGUCCGUCAUCGCUUCGGCAGUCAUUGCUGCGAAACACUAUUUCUCGAGGCCGCAAAGCAUGUGGGCAAGGAGAACCGCGAAAGCAAAGACGAGGAACCAGAUCUGCCCUCGAUGGAACAGCUUUUUCUGCAAGCCGCAGAAGAGCUCGAACCAAACAUGGGAUACCUACUGACAGAUCGUUUCGCAUCCCAUACUGUUCGUGUCUUGUUCCUCAUUUUGUCGGGAGAACCCCUGGACGACGACUCAAUAAAGUCCAUGCUUGCGAGCAAAAAGAAGGAAAAGCUGGACGCCCCAAGCCGAGAGGAAUCACAACCAAACAAAAACAUGCGAAAUGUACCAAAGUCCUUCCGUCCUGCGCUGGACAAGCUCAUCCGUAGCGCAAUCUCCGCCCUCGACACAACCUACCUCAGAGCACUAGCCACACAUCCGACAGGUAACCCAGUCCUUCAGCUUCUCGUACGACUAGAGCUUUCCAACCCUGGCAAAAACAAACAGCUCGAAGAGAAUUCCGUGUUCAAGAAGCUGUUGCCCGACGAAGACCUUGAGGACGACACGGAAAGCGCCAAGUUCAUCUCUGGAUUGAUGUACGAUCCGACGGGGUCGCACCUUGUGGAGAUAUUCGUGCAACGGCUUGCCGGCAAGUCUUUCAAGAAGCUUUACAAGAACAUCCUCAAGCCACGACUGAGCAGUAUGGCGAAGAACGACAUUGCCGGCUUUGUGGCGAUCCGGAUUCUUGAACGACUAGGAAGAGACGACCUCGACGAAGCAAAGACGCUGCUUCUUCCCGAGGUUCCAACACUGAUCGCUCGCCGGAGGACCGGGUUGAUCAAAACUCUUGUCGAGCGAUGUGCUGUGCGAGGGGUGGACCUGCAAGAUCUGGCACAUGUGCUCAAGGCUGAGUACGGCGAGGAUCCGGCGCAGUUCGUUCCCAAGCUGCUCGAUUUCAAGGCCAAAGACACGUCGGAACAGUCCCAAGAUGAGGAGAAACAAGACAAACCACGAUCUACUGUCAACAAGACAGACGUGCAUGCUUCGUUAUUGGCCCAAGCCAUGCUUCAAGCGCCAAAGACAGACAAGAUCGUGCAGGAGAGCUUAUUGGCGAUUGACAUCGAUAUACUGCUACAGAUGUGUCAGGAUCAAGUUGCUUCACGGGUGGUGCAGACUGCCCUUUCUCCAACCCCGUCCAAUAUCCAAUUCCGUCGACAAUUCGUGCCGCGGUUUUACGGGCACAUUGCAGCACUUGCACAGGAUCUUAGCGGGUCGUACGUGGCCGAUGCUCUCUGGGCAGCAACAGAGGGGUUGCAUUUCAUGAAGGAGCGGCUGGCUAAGGAACUGGCAAGCCAGGAGAGUCAGAUUCGAUUAUCUCCGUUUGGCCGGAAUGUGUGGAAGAACUGGGCGAUGGAUUCGUAUCAGCGGAGACCGGCGGAAUGGCGCGCCUUGGCCAAGGGGUACGACAAGGAGGAUGCCCCGACCGAGGCGACGACGGAUGGGCAUGGAAAAUCUGCAGGUGGCAAGAAGACCGUACCAGAGAAGAAGAGUGCUAUCCAGCUGGCCAGGGAGAGGCACAUGCAGAAGACUCAACAGCAAGCCUCGAAACACGGAAAGACACCGGGGAGCGGUGCGAAUGCGGUGCCAACGAAUGCAUGAAUGUAGUAUGGCGGAAAGUUAUGUUGGACCCCAGUUGCGGCGGGUAGGAAAAGACUAUGAUUGUAGUUGCGGUCAUAAUACAAAUUACCUUCCGUAGUCUUUUCGAACGAGUGUCAUGUGCUGCCAGUGUGUCAAUAGCAAUUGGUUAUUUUGUCCCUGAA